AUGGCAGUGGAGUGGGAGCAGAGAGAGAACAGCAGACACUUAAGAAGGAAAAAAAGCAGCAAGUGGUCACCCACGCAUGGGUUUAUCACACUGGUGGCAUUUCUCUCUUCUGGUCUCACAGAUGUGCAGAAGCAGAUCUCAUUUGGGUCAUGUCAAGAGAGGAAAAUGUUCCCUCUCCACCAUGCCCCUGACAGGCUGGGAAUUCAGCUGACAAUCAUCAGAGGAGACCCUUCGCUUGGGCCAGGCUGUUACCUGAGUCAAGAGAGAAGCAGCCUCAGAUAUUCUUUGGACAACAAACCACUGAGUAAGAAAGGCUACAUGAUAGGAGCAAGAACAGCCCAGCGUUUCACAACAGAGCCACAGAUUGAGACUCCUGGCCCAGCAACAUACCAGCCAUCCUGGAAAAAAGAGAGAAAAUGCCAGCCUGCCUAUGCUCCAUUUUCCAUUAAGACACCACGAUUUCCAGAUAAGCCUUCAGAUAAAGAAUUUUUCCCUGGACCUGGCACUUACGAAGCAGACAAGAAAUUACACAAAAAAAUCACUUGGCCGAUGAAAUUUGGGUCUCCAGACUGGUCUUUAGUGCCGAUGCCAGCCAAGAGGAUGCUAAAAACGGAGGUACAGAAGCUGACCAUAGACAGAGAAUUCAACAAACACCGGAACCGAGUGGCCUACCUGAGCUUAUACUUCAGCUGA